GGUCACCCUCCACAGUGUUUGAGUGUCUGAGAGCCGUUGGCUGCUCCUGAACCGUUUGGCUCUUUCUCUUAGUAACAGCCUCACUAUCUCCUCGAAUUUGACUCCAGACCUCAUUUUUUUGAUUAUUUUUUUAUUUUUUUAAAGAGACCUUAAAUAAUAUUGCAUUAAUAACCUUAUGACGCGUACGUGGGGAUGUAAUUAUCGAGCACAACACUCCUGCUUGGCUUACAACUAGGAGGCAACACAUUCUGUACAGGAAAAUAUAUACUACUACUACUACUGAUAAUAAAAGGAAAUUGCAGCAAGACGGCGAAGUGGCAGAAAGCCCCCCUCGAUGUGCUCUGGAUACCCAAGCUUUGUAUCCUUAGUGGUGACCCCAUGGUGUAAGCAGGAGUAAAGAUGAGUAUAAGCAGUGAUGAGGUUAACUUUUUGGUGUAUCGAUAUCUACAGGAAUCAGGCUUUUCCCAUUCAGCAUUUACUUUUGGAAUUGAAAGCCACAUUAGUCAGUCGAACAUAAAUGGUGCUCUAGUGCCCCCUGCUGCUCUCAUUUCAAUUAUACAAAAAGGCUUACAGUAUGUGGAGGCUGAAGUCAGCAUCAAUGAGGAUGGUACUCUUUUUGAUGGUAGGCCGAUAGAGUCCCUUUCUUUAAUAGAUGCCGUAAUGCCUGAUGUGGUGCAAACUCGGCAGCAGGCUUAUAGGGACAAACUGGCUCAACAACAAGCAGCAGCUGCAGCAGCAGCAUCUACUACCACACCCAAUCAGCAAGGUCCUGCAAAGAAUGGUGAAAAUACUGCCAAUGGCGAGGAAAAUGGAGCCCAUUCUUUACCUAAUAAUCAUACAGAUAUGAUGGAGGUGGAUGGAGAUGUAGAAAUUCCUCAGAAUAAAGCUAUGGUAUUACGAGGUCACGAGUCAGAGGUUUUUAUUUGUGCUUGGAAUCCAGUUAGUGACCUGCUUGCAUCAGGGUCUGGUGAUUCAACUGCACGUAUCUGGAACCUCAGUGAGAACAGCACUAGCAGCUCUACUCAACUUGUACUCAGGCAUUGUAUACGAGAAGGAGGGCAAGAUGUGCCCAGUAACAAAGAUGUCACUUCAUUAGACUGGAAUAGUGAGGGUACACUUUUAGCAACGGGCUCAUAUGAUGGCUUUGCAAGAAUAUGGACUAAAGAUGGUAAUCUAGCCAGCACAUUGGGACAACAUAAAGGUCCUAUAUUUGCUUUGAAAUGGAAUAAAAAAGGAAAUUUUAUUCUUAGUGCUGGAGUUGAUAAGACUACUAUAAUUUGGGAUGUACACACUGGAGAAGUUAAGCAGCAGUUUCCUUUUCACUCAGCUCCAGCGCUAGAUGUUGAUUGGCAAAGCAACAAUACCUUUGCAUCCUGUAGUACGGAUAUGUGUAUCCACGUCUGUAAGCUUGGACAAGACAGACCUAUUAAAACAUUUGAAGGCCACACAAAUGAAGUUAAUGCAAUCAAAUGGGAUCCAACUGGUAACUUACUGGCAUCCUGCUCUGAUGACAUGACUUUAAAAAUAUGGAGCAUGAAACAGGAUAGUUGUGUGCACGACUUGCAAGCCCACAGCAAAGAGAUAUACACUAUCAAAUGGAGCCCAACAGGACCCGGCACUAAUAAUCCAAAUGCUAGUCUUAUGUUAGCAAGUGCUUCAUUUGAUUCCACUGUUCGGUUAUGGGAUGUAGACAGAGGAAUUUGCAUCCACACACUGACCAAACAUCAGGAACCUGUAUACAGUGUAGCCUUCAGUCCAGAUGGAAGAUAUCUAGCUAGUGGUUCUUUUGACAAAUGUGUCCACAUCUGGAACACACAGACUGGCACACUUGUCCAUAGCUACAGGGGAACAGGUGGUAUCUUUGAAGUAUGCUGGAAUGCAGCAGGAGACAAAGUUGGAGCUAGUGCAUCAGAUGGAUCAGUUUGUGUAUUAGAUCUGCGGAAAUAACGCUAUUAGUUGGAAGCCAUGGACCGACUAUGAAUGUGUACAUAGCCAAAAUGACUGUCCCUAUCCCAAGUACUGCUACAGACCCACCAUGAGCAUGGCCAGUCCACUACAGCCAAAUUAAGAAGCAAGCAGGUGGGGAGGGGUGGUCAAGUGACUGUACCCUGGCAAGUACCUCUUGACUUGGAAGCAGAAUGCAUUUCCAUGAAUAGAGGAAGAUGCAAAAAUCAGGAUGGGACAUGUGAAAGAAAAAAAGGACCGUUUGUGUACCAAAACAGAAAGAUUUUUUUCUUUCUUUAAAUGGGAGUCAACACAAAAUAUUUUUUAUUCUAUUGGUAGAACAGUUUGUGUGUGCAAACAUAUCAGCUUUCAUAAUCCUGCGGCAGCAGUAGGUUAAUUUCCUUUUACACAUUUUAACAAUUUAGGUUACAGAUGCAUGAAGUAGGAGAGAUUCACCUCCAAACAAUAAAAUAAUAACAAUCAACCUGACUUUGGUACUGUGCAUUUUUGUGGUUCAAAAAAAAAAUGUUUCCAGGAAUCUUGCAGCUCAGUUCUACAUUUACUGUUCCACUGUUUGGUGGUAAAUCCCCCGCCCCCACCCCUUUUUACCCAAGAACACAUAGUUCUGCCGAUUUUACAGGAAAUAAUGGGCACAAAAUUAGAGGAGAUGCAUUGCAUCCUUUUGUUUUAAGACCAUAAUUUAACUAUGGUUGAAUUGUGCACUAUUGAUAGAGCAAAAUAUAGAAAUGUUCAUUAAAAGUUUCUGGACAAAGGUUUACUGCUGUAGGUAUUACUAGAAUGCAUCAUUCAUUAGUAAACUGCAGAUGCUUCAUUGAGGAACAAGAUUCCAGUAUUACUGACUGAUACUGCUUUUUUAGUUUUAAUUCAUUAAAACAAUGAAAAUACCACAAAACGCAUUGUUUAAAAAAAGAAAAAGAAAAAAAAAAAAAAGAAAAAAAAAGUUUUUUUUUUUUAAUCUCCUAAAGGGAUGACUUGCUCUAAGUGUCUUUUUUCAGUUUCCAGUUUCUCUUUUAAUUUUGAAGUUUGUGCUUUCAGUUAAAUUCCUGUUAUAUCCAAAAGAUCCGAGAGGGAUAAGGAUGUGUAAACACCUUAUUAACAUUCAUCAUAGACUUGGAUCCCCGUCUGUCUUGUUGCUUCGGCAAUCAAAAUGUCUAGCCUUGUUCCGUUUUUGCUGAGCACUGCAUCUGUACUGUACCUUUAGUCUUUUUUUUUAACAAUAAAAUUGUAAUGCUAGCUAACUACAAAAAUGCUUGUUUAAUAUUGUUUCCUACUCCCCUUCCCAGUUAUUGAGCCAUACAUUGCCUGUAUAUUGAUAGCUUUUAAUUAUUGCUAUUAUUUUUUUAAUAAACGUGAAAGAGACACUUAAAGCAAGUCUGGGUGUUGGGCAGGGAAAUUUAACUUCACAUUAGUAAAUAUAAAAUGGAGCAACAUUAUAUUUCUGUGUUAUCACAGGAUAUGCUUUUUAUAUACUACCCAUGUGAGGGUGGUUUUAAAUAAAAAUUGAAUUAUGUUUUAAAUUUUCUGUGAUUAUUAUGCAUUAUGUGGACAAUUAUUUGUCAUGCAAUAGCAAAACUAUCACCUUAGUAUAACAUUAAUCUUUAUAAAAUACCAUUAGACGGUCAUAGUAAACUGGUGAUCACGUUAUAUUGUGGCUGUGUUUAAACUUAUGUUUCAGUGGUGUGAAAGAAUUUUGAUGCUGUCUGUUUUGAUAAUCUUAUAAUGUCUUAUCACUUUUCCAAAAUGCAUAUGAAGUAGCUUAAAUGUUUAUAAUUCUUCGUAGGAAGAGUUAAACAUUUUAAUUCUAAAAGUAUUGUGCAGACUGCAUCAUCAGUCAUAUGCCCAAUUUCUUAAUAAGCAGAAACACUAUUAGAUGAUUUAGUUACAUGUCUAAUACUUUGUAAUUAUAUGUAACUAGUAAUUAUACCAGCCCUCGGUGGUUUGUUCUUGAUUUGAAUUCUGCAUAGCAUUGUCUUCAUCAGCAUAUGUGACAGUAAAAUGGUAUUUUAUAAAUUACUUUUUAAACCCAUAGAUUACACUGCAGUCCAGUAUACAUUAGUCUUUUUUCAGUUCUUCUUCAAUUCAUGACCUAUGUGGAAAUCCAGUCCCAUGAGAGUUUUUGUACUAUUUAAACAGUUUUAUAGUUCUUAUUUUGUUUGUAGCUGUUAAAGCAAAAUACAAUUAAGAUAAUUUGGAUGUUCCAUAUUGUCCUGGACCAUGUAAAUACCACAUGCUGUAAUGUAUUUGGGUUUCAUAUAUUAAAAUGCCCACACCCACCCUUUUUGUUAUCUCUAAAGUCACAUCUUUAAUUGCAGAUUCCCUUUACAUUGUAUUGAUCUGAAAGUUGUAAUUUGAGUCAGAUCUGAAAAAGGUCCAGAAUAAAAAUAUAUUUUGAUAUGA